AGCAUGAGGAAAUACGGCUUGAACAAAAUUACAGAUUUAGUCUUCAAAAACUCUGUCACGCCUGAUAAGGUAAGAAAUACUUUUUCCCAUGUGAACAGCAAAGAUGAAAAUGCAGAAAGAGGAAACUGGAGUAGUAAGAAGGAAUAUCUCCUGUCUAUGAUUGGAUAUGCAGUCGGACUGGGAAAUGUGUGGAGAUUCCCAUAUUUAACAUAUAAGCAUGGAGGGGGGGCUUUCCUGAUUCCCUAUGUGCUCAUGUUGGCUGUUGCGGGGCUACCACUGUUUUUCUUAGAGAGCUCCUUUGGACAAUUCUGCAGUCAAGGACCUAUUAACACAUGGAGAGCUGUGCCAAUAUUGCAAGGUGUUGGAAUUACUAUGAUGCUGGUUAGCACUUUUGUGUCAAUCUACUACAAUGUCAUUAUUGCAUAUAGCCUCUACUACCUGUUCGCAUCACUUCGGCGCACACUGCCAUGGAGCAGCUGCACAAGCUGGUCUGAUUGUAACAGCACUACUUGGGACCUGUGCAGUAAAUCUUACAACUUGACUUCCAAUGCUACAAACAUAAGCCAGGUGGUUGAUGGGAAUCUGAACUGUUCCGAUUUCUCAGUUAAUGUGCAAUCGCAGAGCUUCAGUGAGCAGUACUGGGACCACGUAGCCCUGAGGAGAACUAGCAGUAUUGAUGAGACAGGACCGGUGGUCUGGCACUUGGCGCUGUGCCUUUUGCUAGGUUGGAUACUGAUUGCUGCAGCUCUCUUCAAAGGCAUCAAGUCUUCUGGGAAAGUUGUCUAUUUUACGGCAUUGUUUCCUUAUGUCGUCCUGGUGAUCCUGCUAAUCCGUGGAGUUACUCUAGAGGGUGCAAGAAAUGGAAUCGAAUACUACAUAGGAUCCAAGUCUAACCUCACAAAAUUGGCAGAGGCUGAGGUUUGGAAGGAUGCAGCUACUCAGAUAUUCUUCUCCCUAUCUAUUGCUUGGGGUGGCUUAAUGACACUGUCUUCCUACAACAAGUUUUCCAACAACUGCUUUAAAGACUCCAUCAUUGUCUGCAUCACAAACUGCUCCACAAGCAUCUUUGCUGGCUUUGCCAUAUUCUCCAUCCUCGGACACAUGGCACAUGUCUAUGGGAAACCAGUUUCAGAGGUUGCAGAAGCUGGUUUUGGAUUGGCUUUCAUUGCUUACCCCGAUGCCAUUUCCAAACUGCCUGCACCUCCAGUGUGGGCUUUUUUGUUUUUCUUCAUGCUGCUACUUCUUGGUCUGGACUCCCAGUUUGGUGGAAUAGAGGUUAUUACGACAUGUCUCCAGGAUGCCUACCCAAGUUUGUUAAAGUCGAAACGAAGCAUCUUAACCGUUUUCAUCUGCGCCAUUCUGUUUCUGCUUGGCUUGCCAUGUGUCACUGGAGCAGGAGUAUACUGGGUGAAUCUGAUCGACACUUUUUGUGCUGGAUGGAUUCUUCUGGUCGCUGGAUUGUUAGAAGUUGUUGGUCUAGCCUGGAUAUAUGGAGGACACCGGUUUAUCAAGGACAUUGAAAUGAUGAUUGGAAGCAGGUCUUUCUGUUUCUGGUUAUGGUGGAAGGCUUGCUGGUUUUUUAUUACUCCUGUUGUUCUGCUUGUCAUUUUUGUGUGGUCAGUAUACACAUUUAAGGCUCCGACGUACGGCUCGGUGGAAUAUCCACAGUGGAGCAUUGCUCUAGGCUGGUGCAUGACUGCCUUUUGCCUUAUUUGGAUUCCACUUGUGGCCAUCGGGAAGAUGGCGCAAGCAAGAGGAAGCCUCUGGCAGAGAUUUAAAUCAGCAUGUUCCCCCACUGAAGACUGGGGUCCUUACCUGGAGUGCCACAGGACAGAUCGCUAUUGUCGGCAAAUGAAUGACCCAAAUGUUUUUGUGAUCACAAAUGAAAACACCACCAGAAUGUAA